AUGCCAUUCAAAUCAGUUAUGCCACCGUCGUAUUGUAGAAAACGAUGUAAAGUGUCAUCUUCUUUCGGGAACUUCGUAUUCUCCGCCCCUUCGUAUUGUGGAGCAAAAACGACAGUGUCAAAUUUGAUAUGCUACACGGAUCCGCUCACAAAAUCACUCACGUUCGGUCAGAUUGAGAUGAUAGUUGAUAACGGAACGUGCAAACAUUUGAUAGUUAAAGAAUUUAUUCUGGAACCUAUGACAGAAUUAAUGAAAUCUGUUAGGAGACAAGGGAUAUCUCGUGUUGCCUAUGAAGUGCUCAAACAAUGCCAAAGUUUGCCACCUUUCAUUGGGAAAGUGACAGAUAAAAUUCAAUCAAUAGUCCCUCUGGAAAACGUGAUGUGCCCCGCGAUAAAACUCAAAAUAAAUGACGCCACUUAUGUUUUAAUGAGCAAAUAA